AUGAUUAGAUAAUAAUCAAUAAUCUCAGCUGAAUAUUUGGUGUUUGAUACAAUCGAUCUCAUCAAGAAAGGUCAAUAUAAACAAUGCGUUGCAAAAAUAAAUAGAUUGGUAUUUGAUCCUCAUUUGGUCAAAGGAUAGCCACAAUUUCUACAAUUGCAAAUCUAAUUGUGUCGUCGACUCCUAUAUUGUUGUAACAAAAUCCUUAAAAAAUACUUUCUAAAAUAUUCAGAAAAAUCACACAAAAUUCAACCGUUACUUAAUCGAUCGAUUGAAUUGAGUUUCCAUUACAUUGAAUUUUUGGAAACCUAUUAAAAAGAGAAUAGUAAAUUUGAUGGCUCUCCUCUUGCAUCUCCAUCUCCAACAAUAAAAAAAAAAUAACUUUUUAAAGAACUCUAUGCAGAAUAAUUAAGUCUGGCUCAUAAAAUGGAAAUGUUUUUCUCGCAGGACAUCGUCAAUAACUAUGUUCAGAAAUCCAACAUUUGGUUCCAAGAUCAUUGUCAGAAUUGUUAUAUUCAACUGCUAGAAACACUACUUAAUGCAUAUAGAUAUCACAAAUCCAAUCGAACACAUUACCCAUCUCUCUUUCUACAUCUCCUAACCAAAUUAAUUACUUACUCUAACACACAGAAUACAAAUAACCACAAAAAUCAUAAGUUCUCUCUCUUAAAAGGAGAAGUCUAUAUUCUACUUGGGAAUGCUUACUUUGAAUUGAAUGACUAUUCGAAGGCUGAAUACAAUUAUGUCUCAUCAUUAGAUGAAGCCAUUGUAUCUGUUAGAAGUCUUUUAGAUGACAUUGAAAAAUUGAAAAUUAAUGUGGAUUCACAAAUAGUCAAGAUCCAACUGUCCAAAUUGAUCAGUCAAAUAAUCAUCAGUUUAGAUCUACAAUCGCUUAUCAAUCAGCAAAUUGAACAUUACAAUCGUUACAUUGAAAUCCACUAGGUCUCACAACUAUUCAAUAAAAUCCUGGUAUAUUUCAAUGCUUGCAAAGAACUCCAACAACAUCUAGAUAUCAAAGCUACUCAAAUCAAAGACAAUUACAAAGAUCAUGUACAAGAAAAUACUGAAAUCUGUAAAUUACUUUCCUUAAUAUUCUAAAUUCCAUUCAAACAACAUCCUCCAAAUCUUAAUUCCACUUUUAAUUUAGAAUAGCUAUCUCAAACAGAUCAAUAUUAGCAUAAAUUAUUUGAUAAAUAUGAUUAUGCUUCAAAUAAUACGAUCUCCUUCAUUAAGAACAAGGAUUUACCUCCUAAACCUAAAAAUCAAACAUCAUAAUCAAUUUUAGAAAAUGCAGGCAUGACAUAGUAAUACUUCAUUAGAAAUCAAUCAAUAAAGAAUUUUAAGUUAAAACAUAACAAUUCUUAGUAAUCUAUUGAAUAAUCCUCUACUAAUUAUAAUGACAGUCAAAUACAAAACAAAAAUGAUUAAAGCAGUCUAAGUUAAAUAGAUACUUCCAAUAUCUCUAAAAUUAGAUUUGGAUAGACUCCAAAGACGGCACAUAGAUAGAGUUUCUUAAGUGAAUUAAUUCAUCUCAGGAAUUAGGGUGUAAAAACUGAUAAAUCUGUUAUCUAGGAGACAGAUGUUGAAAGAAAUCACAGACAAUAAAAAGAAUUGCUAAAGAAGAUUAAUAAUAAAAAUUUCUAUCAACCUUUGGAUUAAGUUGUUCAUACAUACAUCAAUGAAAAUCUUACGAGUCAUUAAAAAUGCCAAUCACUUGAAGAAGUUAAGCAAAAUGCCAGGAUCAUUUGCCAAGCUGAGGCAGAGGUACAUAAGGAAGUACCUAUAACUAAGAGUUUGUUAUAUGCUCGAAGGAUGACAUGUCCUUAAGGAGUUUUGGUGAAGGAUUAAAAUGCAGAAAAUGAAUUCAAUAAGUUAUUGGAGUUCAAUGUUAUUGAGUACUUUGAUUUCGUUCAAACCAAUAAAGAUUAGGCUGUUACCAAUUUAAAGGCAUAAUAAGAAAAUUAACAAGUCAGAAUAGCUUAAUAAAAUUUAUUCUCGGAUAACUUCAUUCCCAAAAAGAAGUUGAAUUUUAUUGAGAACGAAGAGAUCAAGCAAUUAGAAUAAGCUUAAGUGAUUGCAUAGCAAGCUGAGAAUCUGCUAAAGAGGACUUAGGAUAAAAGAAAAUCUACUUCAAAGUAAUCUAGGCUUUCCAUCUUGUCUUUGAUGUCAGAUAAAGCCUUAAAGAAAUAAGAAUCCGUUAUUGUUCCCAUUACUUAGGAACAAGUGGUGGAAAAAGCUCGAAAUUCAAUUAAGCAGGUCAUCUCUAUAAAUGAAAAAUAAAAAGAAAUAUUCGAACAGGAGGAUCAAUAAUUAAAGGAGGCAGAAUUACCCUAUAAGUUUAAGAGAUCUCUUUCUGGGAAGCAUAAAUCAAAGCAAGAGGGCAAAAGCAUCUUGAUUAAACAAGAAUUCGGCCAUCUCUGUUCAUCGACAAAGAACAUUAGGGAGAAGGACUUUAGCAUACUCAACAAUAAUAAUAAUAAUGAAUAAAAACUAAAAGGAAUAAUAAGUUUAGAGAAGAUCAAAUGA